AUGAUGCUGGCAGCGGCGGCAGCGGCGGCCGCAUCGGCAGCGCCAUCCAACAGCAACAGCAACAGUAUCAGCAACAGUAACGAGCCCCCCAACAGCUACGCCGGCGGCCACGGCACCGGCAAAAUCGGCACCACUGCUACUGCUGCUGCUGUAGCAAUCGGUGGCAGCGUGACGGCUGCUCCGAACGGUAGCAGCAGCUGCAACGGUUACGCUGCCGACGUGUCCCCGCUGAACAGUGCCGUCUCGAUUGCCACCUCCUCGUCGCCGCCGGCAUCGACCUCGUCGUCCUGCUCGCUGGUCGGCGGCACUGCCAAUCCACACCUCGUAUCGCCGUCACCUGCCGCCGUGCUGCUGGACGAGAAGCAGCAGCUGGUACUGCCGUCGUCCGUCUCGGAACCGAUGUUGGUGCCACCGUCGAUCAAGGCAGGCGCAAGCGUUGGUACGGGCCCGUCGCAUCGCUCGGUAGCGGUUGCACCUAGCGCAACGGAACCCACUGGCACCAGCACGCUGUUGGGGUCGAAAGCGCCCGUGACAACUUCCGCCACCGUUGCGAUGCCGACGCAAUCCGCAAAGCAGCAGCAACUGCGCCACACAAAGCAGCACGUGCCGCCGUCGUUAGCGUCCGCUGCUGCGACCACUUCGCGACCGUUGUCCGACGCGUUCACGAGCUCCUCCCGCAAACCGGGCGCCACGGGCACUGCACCUACGAGCACGCAUCGUAUCGCCCUGCCGGUUGGACACAAAAUUGAUGGUGCCAGCACAAACGACACGCACGUCGGCAACGUGAUGGUGGCAAAUGUUGCCGGUGGCAGUUGCAAAACGAACCCGGCUGGCGGUGAUGCAACGCCGUACAGCUCUGCAGCGCAUCAGCGACAAACGAAGCCACCACAUCAGCAGCAGGCUUCCGAUGCGCACAAACCCGUGGUGGGACACAGCCAGCAACAGCAAUCGGCCGUUGCUGCAGCAGCAGUCACAGUCGCAAUGCUCGCACAGCAGCAGCAGCAACAGCAGCAGCAACACUAUCAGCAAACGUCCAGUGCGGUUACGGUCGCUUCUCAGGCGCUCAGUCAACUGUCGACGGCGGCCACCCUGCCCGCUGCUGGGCUGGCACCAGCUGCUCCUGCCCAUCACGCACACCAUCACGCUCAUCUGUAUUCGCAUGCACAGCAGCAGCAGCAGCAUUCGGUCGUUUCCUUACCGACCAGUGCGGCGGCAGGAGCUCCAUACCAGCUGCAACAGCACCGACAGCAGCAGCAGCAGCAGCAGCAACAGCAGCAGCAGUAUUUGCAUUCGCGCCAACAGCAACCACUCCCCCCGAUGCUGUCUGCGAUGCAUCAUCACCCGACAGCAACAGCAGCGCCUCAGACGCAACCGGGAGUGGUUGCACAGCAGCAACCACCACCGCAGAGCAUCAACCUGAACGUGAACCAUCACGUCAUCUCGACGCCGAUCGUGGUCGACUUCUCCAACAUGACGGUGAACUGUGUGCAGCUGCAGGAGGCGGCGGCCCAGCACCCGAACCCGAUCGCGGCCGCCGCCGCCGCCAUGGCGGCCGGGUAUGGGGCGGCCGCCGCUGCAGCCGCCUCCGUCCCGGCGGCGAUCGGCGCACGGCCACCGGCCGGCAAAUGA